CAUGACUGCGGUGGCAUGUCGUCACUCUCUGCUAUCCUGCUCUGUUCUACACAGUGGUCACGGUCACAAUUGUUUGUUGUGUUGUGACUUUUUUUUCAAGUUCAAUCAGAGGCCCCAGAAUUUGUGGCCCAUUUUCUGCUUCUUUUUUUUUUCCUGUUGUUGCUCCUCAUCUUUGUCUGUGUUGUUGGCAUUCAGAUUUUUGCUAAAGCCAAAUGUGUACAUACUAAGUUAACUAUUCUGUCCUGGAUAUUGCUCAGAAACAGUUCAGUGCCAAAGAGACAUAACAUGACAAUAGCUUAACAACAACAACAACAUUGUUGUUCACAAAUGCUUUCGCGACAGGUUCUGGUACAGAGAUAUGUAUCUGCAUGUUUUUGUUUGUGCAUAAUGUGUGUGUAAUGGUGUAGGUGUGAUGGUGUGUGAUCUUUGAAACAAAGCUUUAAAUCCCCACCUUGAGCCAAUUUAGCUGAGCCUGUAAUGGUUAAACUUCCUAUAAAUGCAACUUUACCUCCCCAUCGCAGAGACAAACCUCAAUCUCUCAUUAGCAUUCACACCACAAAGAUUAUUUUGUGCAAAAAUCUUUUUAAACAGACCUUGAUUUUUAAUUUGAUACGAAACUCAGGAAAAAUGAGGGGAAAUCGCCCUGAGGAGUUCCCAGACGACUUCUGGAUACCAGUUCCUCUGGACACCAAUAAUCUCACAUUAUUCAGCCCAUACCUGGUUCCCCAGGACCACCUAGGUAGCACCGGACUCUUUUAUUUCAUGUCAGGCUUAAUGUUCUUCCUUUUUGUGGCUGGUACAGGAGUCAAUACACUUACUAUUGCAUGUACUGCUCAAUAUAAGAAGCUCCGGUCUCAUCUGAACUACAUUCUGGUGAACCUGGCUGUGGCAAACCUGCUUGUCUCCUCUGUGGGCUCCUUCACCUGCUUUUACUGCUUUGCCUUCAGAUACAUGAUUCUUGGUCCUCUCGGGUGCAAGAUAGAAGGAUUUGCAGCAACUAUUGGUGGUAUGGUGAGCCUUUGGUCUCUGGCUGUCAUAGCUUUUGAAAGAUGGCUGGUUGUCUGCAAACCACUUGGGAACUUCAUCUUCAAACCUAACCAUGCCAUUGCUUGUUGUGCACUCACUUGGGUCUUUGCUUUGGUUGCUGCAGUUCCUCCUCUGAUUGGAUGGAGUAGGUACAUCCCAGAGGGUCUGCAGUGCUCCUGUGGACCAGACUGGUACACAACUAACAACAAGUUUAACAACGAGUCCUAUGUGAUGUUCCUAUUCUACUUCUGCUUUGCUGUUCCUUUCUGCACCAUUGUCUUCUGCUACUCACAGCUGCUGUUCAUGCUGAAAUCGGUGGCCAAGGCCCAGGCUGAGUCUGUCUCUACUCAGAAGGCAGAGAGGGAGGUCACACGGAUGGUGGUGGUCAUGGUGCUGGGCUUCCUAGUGUGCUAUCUGCCGUAUGCCUCCUUUGCUCUUUGGGUUGUGAACAACCGAGGGCAAGCGUUCGACCUGAGGCUGGCCACCAUACCCUCCUGUCUCUCGAAAGCCUCCACAGUCUACAACCCUGUUAUUUACAUCCUCCUCAACAAACAGUUCCGCUCAUGUAUAAGGCAGAUGCUUGGGAUGGGCAAAGAUGAUGAUGACAUGUCAUCGACGAGUCAGUCAGUCACUGAAGUUUCGAAAGUUGGGCCUGCUUAGAUUGUCCACUGUUACACACUGUAUAUACGACUAAAUAGAUAAAUGCAAUGCCAUAGGGAAUUAUUUAAUUGUUACACAUAAAA